AUGCUAGAAGGUAUAUUCGAAGAAGCCAGCUUAUUUAAGAAGAUUAUCGACUCUUUCAAGGACUGUGUUCAAUUGGUCAAUUUCAACUGUAAUGAACACGGUAUCGCCGCACAAGCCGUGGACGACUCGCGUGUGCUUUUAGUCUCGCUCUCAAUCGGAACAGAGUCAUUCCAGGAAUUCAGAUGUGACAGAGGUGUCACGCUAGGUGUCGAUCUUUCAUCGUUGUCCAAGAUUUUGCGUUGCGGUAACAAUAACGACAACCUAACUCUGAUUGCCGAUGACACCCCAGAUUCGGUUUUGCUGUUAUUUGAGGACACCAAAAAAGACCGCAUCAGUGAGUAUUCUUUGAAGUUGAUGGACAUCGAUGCCGAUUUCUUAGACAUUGACGGUAUGGAAUACGAUACCACUAUCACCAUGCCAUCUGCCGAGUUCGCCAAAGUCGUCCGCGACUUAAACCAGCUAAGUGACUCUCUGAACAUUUUGGUCACCAAAGAUACCGUCAAGUUUGUUGCCGAAGGUGACAUCGGUUCCGGUUCCGUUAUCGUAAAGCCUCACACUGAUAUGGACAAACCUCAAGAAAGCGUCAAAGUGGAACUUGACAAGCCCGUUGAUUUGACCUUCGGUUCCAAAUACCUGCUGGAUAUCAUCAAAGGUGCCGGUCUAGCAGAGCAGAUCACCAUCAAAUUGUCCUCAGAGACUCCUGCGUUGUUUGAGUUCAGCUUACAAAGUGGAUACUUGCAAUUCUUCUUGGCUCCGAAAUUCAAUGAAGAAGAGUAA